AAGUUAGCUAAUCUACAGCUAGCUAGAUACUUGCAUGGCUCACACAGCUAAUUCAAUGUGUUUUAUUUUGAGACUGAGCAUGAUUUGUUUAGCAUGUUUAUCUUCUUCAAAUGAUUCUCAGUGGAUGACCAGAGGAGACCGUGUUAAAGGGAAAUCUCUGAAGACUGCAGUCAACCAUUGAGAGUGACGUGUCCCUUCUCAAAGAAAUGGCAGAGCAGGAGACGGAGACCAGCCAGCAGCUCCAAUCAGUCCCUGACACAGAAAAACCGAAAGACGAUAGAAAUCCCUUACCUGUGGUCAAUCAGGAAAACAACAUCGUGAAGGAAGACUUGGAUGACAACAUAACCAAGCCAGGUAACUCCACCGCACACACAAAUGAAGAGACUAAAGACGACACUAAUGAACCCGCAAACAAAGAGCCCACAGUGCAGGCUGAUGAUAAAAGGGAAGAGCUCACUGAGAAGAAAGCACCUGAGGAGACCAGCUCACCAGCCCUGGAUCCAGUAAACACUGACCAAUCAGAUGGAUUCACAGGUGGACCUGAUGUACUUCCACAUCAAGAUCAAGACAAACCAAAAGACGAUACAAAUUCCUUACAUCAGGAACGCAACAUCGUGACGGAAGACUCGGAUGACAACAUAACCAAGCCAGCCGCACAAACAAAUGAAGAGACUAAAGACGACACUAAUGAAUCGACAAACAGAGAGCCCACAGUGCAGGCUGAUGAUAAAAGGGAAGACCUCACUGAGGAGAACGCACCUGACGAGACCAGCUCACCAGCCCUGGAUCCAGUGAACGCUGACCAAUCAGAUGGACCUGGUGUUCAUCCACAUGAUGAUGAAGACAUCGAAAAUGAAGCUGCAGGGGAUCAUGGAAGAAGUCCAGAGCAUGAUUCCCCUGAACUGGAAAGGUUGCACACGAAAGAAGCAGAGAAAGAGAUGCAUAAGCAGAGAAUACCUGUUGAAACCAUCAAGUCAGUUUCUCUGGAGAGUGUUGAACGCCCAGCUACAGACUACAUCGGAAUUCUUCGGGAUAAUGUGUGGGUUCUGACAGCAGUGGCAGUUGUUGUAGUAGCUGCUCUUCUUGCCAUUAACCUGAGGCCCUCCAGCCCCCCUGAGACUCCACGUGAGGAAAGCAAGGUAGACGUCUUCCUCAGGCAAAUUGAAAAAGUGAAGGCUCAGUUCCCUAACCAGCGUGCAGAGCUCUGGAAAAGGAGCAGGAUCCACCUGCUGAGGCACCUCCACACCGCCUACCCCACAGCGCCAGUGAGUCUCAUCCUGACGGCCGGCCUCAGAGCAGAGAGGACAAUGCACUGCCUGGCUCAGGGCCUGGCCUCCUCACUAUCUUCGGCGCUCAAUGCCUCCUACCUGCAAAUCAAUGGAAGCAGCGAAGCCAGCCAGGACAGCGACCAGGUCAAACUGGACAUCGAUCGGAAGCUGCAAAGGGCUUUCGAGGGGGACAAACCUGUGGCCAUCAUCCACCGCUUCGAGGAGCUGCCUCCAGGAUCCACUCUCAUUUUCUAUCGCUACUGUGACCACGAGAACGCUGCCUACAAGGAGUCUUCUCUGAUCUUCACAGUGCUGCUGGAGGAAGAAGAGGAGAUUCAUGCCAAACUUCAUUUGAAUGCUGUGGAGGAGAUGGUGGACGACCACCUCAAGAAGAAGUUCCUCUCUCAUGAUCACCCAGUGUCUUUUGACAGGAUGGACAUUGAUAAGUACGGUGGACUGUGGAGCCGCAUUUCUCACCUUAUCCUCCCGGUGGCAGCAGAGCACAGGAUAGAACAUGAAGGAUGCCAGAUUAUCAAUCACAUUUGAACUUUAACUCCAAAUACAAUACUAAUGCAACUGUAUCAGGUCGGGCACUGGAGGACUCUGGUCAUUGUGGAGUCUGUACAGUCGUUUUAAAUACCCAAAGGUUUCUUUUUGUAAUGAAGCUCACUUCAGAUGAAGGCAUCCUGUAGAAAAAUCAAGACACUUAAGAUAAUUACGGGAUAUUUUCUGAUAUUAAUUGAAAGUUUGAUAAAACACUGUGGCACUUUAUUAGUUUUUGAAUAAAUGUAAUUAUAGAUCUAAUCGUGGGAGUUAUGAGGAUUUUACAGUGUAUGAACAACUUGUAUGAUAACCACUGCAAUGUGUGUCAUUGUUAAAAGUUGUAUAAUGGGACUUGUUUUGUCAUGUCAAACAAACAAAAAACACCACACAACUAUUAAUUUGGUAUCUCAACACAGGGUUGGUUUUUAUGACAGUUUUUUUUUGUCUUUAAACAUUUCAUGUGCAAUGUUUGUAUAUGUAUGCUCAUAAGAGAGAAAUAAGUACAGUAUGAAACGUGCCUUACAGUACAAAUAAACUCAAGUUCCCAUA